AUGGAUUUGAGCUACUUGUUCUCAGUUGAUAUAUCGCUUGGAGAUGCAUCGAAUACCACGGCAGCAUAUCGCGUCUCCCAUUACACGGGCGACACCGUCACCGGCGUGGUCUCCCUCCGAUCUACUUGUGAUGUCCGAUUCGAUGUGGUUGAGUUACUGCUGAUAGGCGAGGAACGCACAACACUGCUCAAUGAAACCGCGCACCGUCGAUUCUACCAGAGCCACUUCCCGCUCCACGAAACAACCCUACCAUCUCCAAGGACCAUCAUCAAAAACCGCACAUAUCGCUUCCCAUUUUCAUUUCAAGUGCCCGACCAUCUCCCACCAAACUCUUGCAGCCACAACAUCGCCAGUAAUCCUCUCAUCCACCAGGCCCAUCUCCAGCCGCCUCCAAGCUUCGGCGAUGCCACCAUCUCCGGGUUCGGCGGCCAGCUGCGCGAUGACUUUGCACCUCCCAGCUGCCGAAUCCUGUGGCUCGUGCAGUUUCGGCUCCUGCGCAAGAACAUCGUCUCGGCAGAGCCCGAGCCAAUCCUAGUCAAGAGUCUCAAAUUGCGAGUCAAGCCCGCAACCGACGAAACUCUGCACCUCAACCUCAACCGCGGCAGCAGCGAGUACUGUCUGCAGCAGACCAGCAUGGUAGCUGGCAAGGGCUCAAGGGAACUGGGCACGCUCACCGUGACCCUGGAACCACCAAAAAGCUUUUACCUCCCACUUCGGGACCCGCACAGCUUUAUCGGCAACGCAGUGCGAUUAUUUCUACGAUACACGCCCACAGAACCGACAGAAGAGUUGUUGCAAUUGCCUCGCAUGCGAUCUCUCAAGGGGAAUAUCACCGCAACGACCUUCUACACCACCUCCUCGCACCACGACAUCCCCGCGAAGAAAAAGGAUAUCUUCGGGAAAGCCAAGAACUAUGCCGAGAUGAAGUUCCCCCCCUGGGCGGCGGAUCCUGUCGCUGGUGACUAUGCGGCGACGCUAUUGGUGCCGGUGAAUCUCCCGCGCCAGAACUUCGUGCCGACGUUUCAUUCUUGUUUGAUUUCGCGUGUGUAUGCGCUGAGUCUGCAGCUCGGGGUGCAUGGGGCUUCGGGGAUUAGUCUGCGUGUACCUGUGCAGGUUUCUACGCAUCGGGAUUCUUUGGUUUUGCCGUCGUAUCAUGCGUCGGUGGGGAUCGGGGCGUGA